GCCGAUUUUAAAAGGACAGCGCUGAGCGGGAGGAAGGCGGCUGGCGCCAUCUUGGCUGUUUUAAUGAGUACAACAGGGGAGAGCUCGCUGGGAGAAAUUACCUAAUCUUUGUGAUUUUACUCCAAGAGGUCUCCUCUCGGUAAACCACACCACAGUUGGCGUGUUUGAACCAGAGGAACCAGGGCCAUGUUCUACGCCCACUUUGUCCUCAGCAAACGUGGGCCGCUGGCCAAGAUCUGGCUGGCGGCCCAUUGGGACAAAAAGCUGACCAAGGCCCACGUGUUUGAAUGCAACCUGGAGAGCAGCGUGGAGAGCAUCAUCUCUCCCAAGGUGAAGAUGGCGUUGCGCACUUCUGGCCACUUGCUCCUCGGAGUUGUGCGAAUCUACCACAGAAAGGCCAAGUACCUGCUUGCUGACUGUAACGAAGCCUUCAUCAAGAUCAAAAUGGCCUUCAGGCCAGGUGUUGUGGAUCUACCUGAGGAAAAUAGAGAGGCUGCAUAUAAUGCCAUCACCUUACCCGAGGAGUUCCAUGACUUCGACCAGCCGCUUCCUGACCUGGAUGACAUCGAUGUGGCUCAGCAGUUCACCUUGAACCAGAGCAGAGUAGAAGAGAUCACGAUGAGGGAAGAUGUUGGAAACCUCAGCCUCUUGCACGACAAUGACUUUGCUGAUUUCGGCAUGGAUGACCGGGAGAUGAUGCGUGACGCCAGCACAUUCGAAGAUGACAUAAUGCAGGGUGCCACUGCCCCUAACCUCCUGCUCGAGGCCGAGCCGGGUCCGGCUAAUCUCCCGGACAAGUCCAACCACAUGGAGUAUGACGACUUCGGAGACGGCUCCAUGGGCAACAGUGAUGGUGGAAUGCUAGUUGACAACAUGCUGAGUGAAGAUGGAGGCGGCAUCUUUGAUGAUCCUCCGGCGAUCACAGAAAGCGUCAUGAUGCCUCCAGAUCACGGGGAUGAUGAGGAUGACUUUGACAACCUUCACUCUCCGGGACCAGACAGUCCUGAUUCCUGCCCGGCAGAGCAGCUGCCAGCAAUGGCUGACCAAACAGAGCAGACCACCCUGGUCCACAACGAAGAGGAGGCCUUUGCCCUGGAGCCCAUCGACAUCACUGUGAAGGAGACGAAGGCGAAGCGUAAAAGGAAGCUGAUUGUCGACAGCGUGAAGGAGUUGGACAGCAAGACCAUCAGAGCCCAGCUGUCCGACUACUCGGACAUCGUGACCACCCUGGAUCUGGCUCCUCCCACUAAGAAGCUCAUGAUGUGGAAGGAGACCGGCGGCGUGGAGAAGCUGUUCUCCCUGCCUGCUCAGCCCCUCUGGAACGCCCGCCUGCUCAAGAUGUUCACGCGCUGCCUGACUCCUCUGGUGCCAGACGAGCUGAGGAAACGCAGGAAGGGAGGCGAAGCGGACAGCCUGGACGAGUUCCUCAAAGAGCUGGAGAACCCAGAGGUGCCCCGGGAGGAGAUCAUGCCGCAGAACAGAGAUGUUAUCGACCAGACUAUCAUGGAGGAGCCCAGCAUACUGGCUGCCUCAGCGAUGGAAGGCAGCAGGACGACCUUGGACGAAGCCGUGAUGCCCCCUCCAUCCACCCCCCGCGGCGUCAGACGCAAGCAGCCCGUGGACAAAGAGAGCGCCCUUCCUAUGACUCCCCUGGAGCAGCAGCAGCAGCAGCAGCAAGUGGCUGACCACUCAGACCUGUCACAAAGGCUAGACAUGCCUCAGGUUGAUCUGCCCCCAGAGGAGGCCAGUGUCAACCUCACUCAGCUUGUCCCCGAGCUCGACCUUCUCAACGACAAGGAAAAGGAUAAGAAGGAUGACAGCGAGGAGGAGGAGGAAGAGGGGAGUCAGACUGGAGACCAGGAUCAAGAAGAGAAGAGAUGGAACAAGAGAACCCAACAAAUGCUCCACGGUCUGCAGCGCGUCAUGGCAAAGACCGGCGCCGAGUCGGUCAGUCUCCUCGAGCUGUGCCGAAACAACAACAGAAAGCAGGCAGCCGCCAAGUUUUACAGUUUCCUCGUCCUCAAGAAGCAGCAAGCCAUCGAGGUCACUCAGUCAGAGCCCUACAGCGACAUCGUCGCCACGGCGGGACCAAAGUUCCACCUCAUUUAGACAUUGGAAAAACAAACACUCUGCUUGCAGCAGGCAUACUUGUCUUCUCUCUCUCUUUUUUUUUUUAAUUACUCAACUCUGGCUUUUUAUUGUGUUUUCCAGUAAGCCCAGUUUUGUUCCUUGGGGAGGGGUGGGGAGGAGUAGAGGGGUAAGGGUUAAGAACCUUUUUGAAAAAAAAAAUGGUUUUACUGUAAUCUUGAAUCAUGCAGUAUUCUUGGUUCAAGGGGGAUAAGGAAUGUUUUACAAUUAUAUUUAUACAGCAAACCCUUUUUCAGUCACCGAUUUGUAAACUUAACUGCAUAUUGUUUAAUAAGUUAAACUACUGUUGUGUUUUCAUUCCACACGUUUUGUAUCAGCCCCCUUCCUCCAUGUUUUCAGCCAAAAAUUACCAGUUUUAUUCUUCUCUUCAAGGCCCAAUGUAUCACGAUCUGCUUGUUAACGAUAUUCUGGAAAGGUACUGCUUAAUCGUUCAGAAGUGUGACCUCGCCCAGCUUCUCACUGUUGCACUUGUUCUCUUACAAACAAAAAUGCUAAUCUAUCAUUAAAUUGGUAAGCCCGACGUGGCGUUAAAUACCACCAUUCAGAUGUAUAAUUGAGGCAAUUGGUCAGCUAUGGUUUAUGUAAAUUUGUUUUUUUUUUUUUUUUGUACCUUUUUUUUAUUUUAUUUUUAUGCUUAUUUGCCUUUUUGCAUCAUGUAACUAGGUAAUAUACUUGUUACAGUUAAGUUCACUAUCCCACCUUUUUAGAUUCUGGGUAACUUCUAGUUGUGAUACAUCUGUAAAGAUUUGAAAUAAAGUGUUAUAAGUACUUGGUUAAAUCA